GUUGAUACGUAUUGCUGCACUGAACACACAGCUGACACCAUACCAUAAACCAAAAAAAAAAAAUUUGGAUUUGCAUGCAAAAUUGCGAACAUUUUUUGCCACAAACGGUAAGCAAUUUCACUGUUGAUGCACAGUCAGCACACGAGAAAAAAAAAACUCGCCUAAAUGCAUAAAUUUCUAUUAUUCCCAUCGAAAAAUAUAUCGAAGUCAAGGGAAUUUUGUGAAUACUUUGCAUUUUUAUUUUCAGAUUUUUUGUUUGCUUUUCAAUUCAAUCGAUUCGUGUUCGAUACGCAAUUUUGAAAUCAGUGUGUACACUUCAGCAGUACCGUUGUCAUUUAGUCUGUGAAGAGACUCACGUCCAUCGUUUAUGUGUGUAUUAUUGUCCAAAGUGGUUCCAUCACUUUAUAAUUGAUGCACAUAUUGGAAAAAGUGUUUAAAAAUCCAAGCUCACUCAAGAUUUACUGAAUAAAAUUCACUAAAAAAAUUAUAAUAAAUUAAACAGUAAUACAGUCAACUAAGUCAACGGUAGUUUUGGAAGGAGCAAAACAUUUGUUAUUUUUGUUAAAAAUCCAAAAGAUAUUUGUAAUUUUGACAACGAAAGUGAUUGUAAAAGUAAAAGUGAAAUCUCUGUGUGUGGUAAAGUGUGAAAAUACCCAAAGUAAAAUGCUUGAAUUUCGUGAAUUAGAAGAGCCACGGCCAUUUACUAAGGCUGAACAACAGGCCAUCAACGACUUAAAAUCAAUGUUCAAACAAAAAACCAAAAUCAAUUUUCAAACAGACAAUUAUUUUCUUACGAAAUUCCUUCGUUACCGCGAUUGGAAUGUUGAAGCUGCUUACAAAUCGAUUGUGACUUACUACGAGUUGAAGCGCGACAAUCCAUUGGUUCAUGCCGACAAAAAAGUAUCAGAGUACAUUGAUUUACUGAACCUCAACACACGAGUUUUACUCGAUAAGCGUGACAAAAAUGGUCGAAUUGUGCUCGUUGCCAAAUUAGGAAAUGUUGGACCGACGACUGAGUUCAACGAUGCAUCGUUGUUAGACGACAUUUGGAUGCAGGUGCUUUUGAGUGACCCGAUGACACAGAUGAAUGGCAUUUCGUUUAUCACCGAUUGUACGGGCCUCAACUCAUCGAUUUUGAAAUGGCUCGUUCCGAAGAACUGUAAAGUCGGCGCUGCAAAACUUGAAAGUCUUCCGAUCAAAGAUUGGACCAUUCAUGUCGUUAAUAUGGGGCCCAUUUUCAAAGCUUGCAUUUUCCUUAUCAAACCAUUUUUGAGAAAAGCCACUAUUGCAAGGUUCCAAUUCCACAGCAAUGGCUAUGCUGAUUUGAUUGACAAUCUGGGCGAAGAUUGCCUUCCAGAUGAAUAUGGUGGAAAGAAUGGUGCUAUUGACUAUGAAAAAUCGUUGAAAUUCAUUUUGUCACGCGAAAAAAUACUCGCCAGAAACCGAGAGUUUGGAUUCAAGAACGCAAAACCAAGAAAAUACAAAGAUACGAGUAAAACCACAAGAUUGCAAAUGCAAAUAGAGAUGGAAAACUGCAACGGAAACAUCAACACUAUUACUGCAGACAUAGCUCGAGAAAAUGAACUCAAUUUAAAAUUAGGUAGAAAAUGGGGAGAAAAGGCUGAAAAAGAGCUUGCGGAGUGUGACGAAAACCGAGCAAUCAAAUUGCGAUUGUUGGAAGAACGUGUUGUUCAAGAUAAAAAUAUACCAAAUGCCAGACGUGAUGAUGCAUUCUUAUUGCGAUUUCUACGAGCCAAGAAAUUCGAUGUGGACAAAUCAUUUCGAAUGAUUCAAAAAUAUUUCAAAAUGAAAAGUGAAUCGCCUGAUCUGUUCCGUAUAUCACCAUUGUCUGACAUGCAAAAUCUCCUUAAGAUGCAAAUGCAACAGAUCCUACCACAGCACGAUGAAAAUGGUUCGGUGAUUUACCUGUUUCGUGUCCAGAACUGUGAUCCAUACAAAUGGCCAGCGGAAAUGGUUUUUCGUAGCAAUAUAAUGGCGUUAGAGUAUGCAAUUCGUGAUCCACGAACACAAAUUGGCGGUUUGGUUGUGAUGCUUGAUAUGGCUGGUUUGAAAUUUGCACACGCCAAAUUCCUUUCGCCAAAUUUGGCCAAAAGAAGCGCUGAAGUUAUUCAAGACUCAUUCCCAAUGCGCUUUAAAGCGUUUCACAUUUUACAUGAACCGUUUUAUUUUGAUGCCAUGCUGGCUUUGAUCAAGCCAUUUAUGUCGGAGAAAAUUCGGAACAGGCUUCAUACACAUGGGAAUGAUCUCAAGUCGUUGCAUCGACACAUUCCAAAGGAGAUUCUGCCAACUGAAUACGGAGGAACUCAAGGUGCAUUCGACAACACCAAAUGGAGAGACCAGUUACUUAAUGACCAAGAAUACUUUACUCACCUGGAAACGUACAGCUGUGAUCCAAAGCAACUAAAAACCACGAUCUCUGAGUCUACAACAAACGGUGUUAAUGGAAUUGGAACAGAAAUAUUGAACGAACACUGAUCACGAUCCAAACAACGCGUGCCAUUGCAACUAAAAACGAAAUAUUUCGAUAGCCAUAAUUUGCCACACUUUUUUUAACAGUCAAUUUCAAUUAUUUUGCAUUGUACAGAAAUGAAUAAAUUCCACGGCUCAUUCCAUGGAACAGGAAAAAAAAUGCAUUUUUGGGGUACCUCCCGAACAAAAAGUUACGUUUUUCAUGGCAAAUUAUAACGGAAAUAUAUUAUUUUCAGAAAAUCGCUGGAAAUUUUCUAACUUUUGUAAAAUGGUCAUCACUGAACCGAUCAGAAAAAUUAGACUACCGUUGAAAAGGUCUUGACCUCUAGAUUCUUAGACACAGAAUCAUGUCUCCCUAUUUAUUUUUUGCCAAAUAAA